AUGUUAGUAUUCAGUGUUAUAUUUGUGACAGCAGCCGGAAAUAUACUGGUUUGUUUGGCUAUUGCACGAGAACGAAAAUUACAAAAUACAACAAAUUAUUUUUUAAUGUCACUUGCUAUUGCUGAUUGUAUGGUUGCCCUUCUAGUUAUGCCAAUGGGAAUGAUUGCAGAAGCAUUCGGUCAUUUUCCUUUACCACAUUAUUGUUGUGUUAUAUUUGCUACUGCUGAUGUAUUAUGUUGUACAUCAUCAAUAUGGCAUAUGUCAACAAUGUCAAUGGAUCGUUAUUUUACUAUACGUUUUCCAUUUCGUUAUGGUCGUAAUAAAACAAAACGUAUUAUGUUAUUAAAAAUUAUUGCUGUUUGGGCUAUUUCAUUAGCCAUAUCGUCACCUAUAUUCGUUUUAGGCAUUGUUGAUCGUCGCAAUGUACUUAUUAAUGGUAUAUGUGCACCAAAUAAUGCUACUUUUAAAGUUAUUGGCGGUGUAUUUGCAUUUUAUAUUCCAUUUAUUAUUAUGAUUGUUACUUAUGCAUUGACAAUGCGUUCAUUAAGAAACGUUUUAGUUCAUAAACGGCGUUAUAAUAGAGAACGUCGUCGUGAUCAAACAUUUCGUCCAUUAGCCACGAUUAUAAAUCAAUAUGCUGAAAUAGCACAUGAAUUACGUAAAACAGGUAGAACAACGACAACAACAACAAAGACAGUUGUUAAAAAAAUUCCAUAUGCAAUAAUUACUACGACAACAGCGUCACCAAUCGAUAAAAAUCAUCAAUUUUUUUUCUCAUCAAAUGGGACAUUAUUGAUGGAUCAAAAAAAUGAUACAAAUCGAUAUGGUUCAUUUACAACAAGCAAUGGUCAAGUAGUAAAUAUAUCUCCAACAUAUAUGAAACCAUCAGAUCACGAAACAAAUCAUUUAACAAUUGCUUAUAUUAAACAUCAUUCAAAGAAAAAACAAUACGAUGUUAUGCAAAGAAAAGAUUGUGAUAUGAGUACUGUUUAUGAAAUGACAGAAUAUUCAAAAUCAUCAUCAAGCAGCGAUUAUAGACUUGCAACAUCCUCAUGUGUUCAUCAACGUCGAUCAGUUGUUAUUGUUGAUCAAACAUCAACUCAUCCAUGUGAACAACAAUCAUAUAGUGAAAGUCAAAAUAAGGAAGAACAAAAAAUAGAAUUUUUAAAUACAAAUCAAUUGAAAGAAGUUGCUAUUAUAGAAAAUCAAAUUUCAGAAGUUGUUAAAGAAGAAUCAGACGAUGAUCUACCAAUUGUUGUACAAUCUGAUACUAACAUCAAUACGACGUUACAAUCAUUAGAAAACACCACUAAUAAUUCUGUUUGUUUACCCAAAACAUCCCAUUCAAUCGAGGAAUGUUUUAACUUUGUUAUUCGGUUAGCUGAACUUAUUUAUCGAUAUUAUUAUGUGAACAAUCACUUUCAGUCUGCUCAAAAGCAAUUAGAAUAUAGAAACUUUUUACCAAUUGAAUAUUCUUCACAUCAUACAGGUAUUGUCAAAACUAGUCCAAUAUUACCAUGGUCAGAUACAGUUUUACAACCUAAUAAUCCAUCCUCAAAUAUUUAUCAAGGUGUAGUAGAAAUCGAUGCUACAUGUGUUAAUAAUACUCAAACUAUUUGCCCCACAUUGUUGAUAUCGACCGUUCCGUCUAAAACACAACCAAAUCGAAUAUUAUCAACAAAUAAUUAUACAUGUAAUAAUGACAAAUUAGAUGUUGCUAAACAUUACCAGUCAACAUCAGUAACAACAUCCAUGACAUGUUUAAUAGAAAAUAAGCAGACAACGUCCGUCUCAACACAAACAGAUAAUUAUCCGUCCAUUCCAAAGUCAAUUAGUAGUUUUAGUGAGAAAAAUCAUGAUCAACACAAUGUAAUGUCGAAUAGAACAAAAAGAGCAUUUUCAUUUUCAAAACGUUUUCUUUGUACAUCAUUGUCAACCGCGACACCGACACGUUCACAAUCGGAGGAUGAACAUGCAGCUGCUCAUGUUCAUUCAAAUUCAUUAUUUACAAAUUUUUUUCGACAUCAUAAACCAAAACGAUCAAUCAGUAAUACAGGUACAGGAUCUGGCGCAGGUAAUAGUUCUACAAAAUCUUCGUUAUCAUGGGGACAACAUUCAUUAUCAUCAUAUAAUCAACAAAAAUCAGCAGCUGUACCCCACCAUCAUUCAUCAUUAUUAAGACAAAUCGAAUGUGAAAUGGAUUCUGUAUUAGCACAACAACGGUCACGGGGAUCAUCUGCAUCGAGUAUAUUCUUUAAUAAUAAACUUCAUCACAAGAAACGAAGAGAUAAGAAAAGAUCCGUUAUUCUAUCUAAUAUUCAUAAUAGUACUAGUGGAAAUAGUCUUAGACAACAACAAAUUCAUUCCAGUUCUACAUCAUCAUCCACGUUUAAUAGUGAUACAUCAAAUUCUCGUAUAUCUCGUUUCCUCACUUCUCAACGUCAGCAACAACAUCAUUUUCAACAACAACAACAAGAAAAAAUUGUUGCACAAAAUGAACGAAAAGCAUUACGUGUAUUGUUAAUUAUAUUUUGUGUUUUUGUUACGUUAUGGACACCUUUUUUUAUUUGUACAUUUAUAUCAGCUGUAUGUGAAAAAUGUCGAGAAAAAAUUCCAUCAAUAUUAUGGUUUUGGAUAACAUGGCUUGGUUAUACAUCUUCAAUGGCUAAUCCUGUUGUGUAUACAAUAUUUAGUGAUACAUUUCGAAGAGCAUUUUGUAAUCUUUUACGUUGUCGAUCAAGUGAUUCAUUAUUUGCUAAUCAAUUAUCGACAAAAUUAUCUUUUCAAAAAGGCGCAAUCAUUCGUCGUCCUAAUGGAACUGGUGGUUGUUCAGGUACAUCAACACCAAUAGGAAGAGAAAGAGAACGAAAUAACAAUCAGGAUGCAACAAUUUAUGUGAACAAAUACAAUCAUGAUGCAAUAAGAUAA